AUGCGGGCCGAUGUCUACAGAGUGCCAAGUGGCAAGGACCCUGCCUGGCACUCCUGCACCCCAACUGUUGCUGUUCAGUCGCUCAGUCGUGUCCCUGCCUGGCACUCCUGCACCCCAACGGUUGCUGUUCAGUCGCUCAGUCGUGUCCCUGCCUGGCACUCCUGCACCCCAGCGGUUGCUGUUCAGUCGCUCAGUCGUGUCCCUGCCUGGCACUCCUGCACCCCAACGGUUGCUGUUCAGUCGCUCAGUCGUGUCCCUGCCUGGCACUCCUGCACCCCAACGGUUGCUGUUCAGUCGCUCAGUCGUGUCUGA